UGUCGCACACAUGGAAGGGCUUAAGCCACCGGUUGGACUUGAUUUGCUGCAGGGGAACCUCUCGGAAAAUUGGAGACGGUUUCGGCAACGGUUCGAGCUGUAUCUCGCGGCUACAGGAGGUGCUAGCAAGCCACCCAAGGUACAGUCUUCACUAUUUCUUCACGUUGCUGGAGAGGAGGCGGUUGAAGUGUACAAUACCUUCACGUUUGCGGAAAAUGGUGAUGAGAAUAAGCUGACGAAAAUAAUGGAGAAAUUUGAGGAAUACUGUAACCCAAAGAAGAACAUAACCUAUGAAAGGUACAAGUUUUUCACGUGUGUGCAAGGGGAUAUGCCAAUUAGCCAGUACAUCACGGAGCUAAAGCUAAGGGCCAAGUCAUGUGAAUUUGGACAACUGCAAGAAUCCCUCAUCAGAGAUCGCGUAGUGUGUGGAAUUACAUCAGAUGCAAUGAGAGAAAGGCUGUUAAGAGAAGAUGACAUUACUCUCGAAAAAGUAGUUCAGCUUUGCAUUGCAGCUGAGACCACAAAAGCUCAAAUCAAGCAAAUGCAUGAGGAGGAUCACAAUGCUCAAGUCUCUGCACGUGAAAGUAAAGACGUAGAUGCAGUGAGACAUAAGCAGACAUGCAAAAAAGACAGACAAAGUAAGAUGAAACCGAACGACAAAGACCAAGCAAGCACAUUUAAUUGCAAACGAUGUGGAACUAAGCAUGCAUCACGUCAAUGCCCUGCUUAUGGCAAACAGUGCAAGAACUGCGGGAAAAUGAAUCACUUUGCCAGAAUGUGUAGAUCGAGAAAAGUGCACACUGUCGCAGAUGAAGCCACGGAUCAGCAGGCAAGUCUGUUCAUUGGGGCUGUAAAUGCAAAAACACAGACACGAACAGAUGAAUGGACUGUAGAAAUAAAAGUUGGCCACAAACCUGUGAAAUUCAAACUUGAUACUGGUGCACAAGCUAAUGUGGUUCCCUACAGUCUACUACGAAGAAUAGGAAAUAAGCAAAUGCUUAGACCCACAAAUGUCAGGUUGUCAACAUACACCGGAGACAAAAUAGCAGUUAAAGGAAAGUGCACUUGGGCAGUGAAAUACAAAAAGAAAAGUUUUGUUUUGGAGUUCAUUGUCGUAAAAUCAGAAACCAAGCCAAUUCUGGGAAUUCAAACUUGUGAAGAAAUGGGACUCAUCAAGAGAGUGAUGGCACUGAAUAAAAGUGAUGAAAUGGACAUCUUCAAAGAAUUUGCUGAUGUGUUUGAGGGCCUAGGUUGCCUUGAGGGAGAACACACCAUUCAAAUUAAUGAGAGUGUGUCACCAAAAGUUCAUCCACCGAGAAAAAUCCCUGUCACUUUGAGAGAAAAACUCAAAGUAGAACUGGACAGAAUGGAAAAAAUGGAGGUGAUUACAAAAAUUGAAGAGCCUACCCAGUGGGUGAAUCCAAUCGUCAUUGUGGAAAAGGCUACUGGACGACUGAGAGUCUGCCUAGAUCCACGUGAUCUCAAUACAGCAGUCAUGAGAGAGCACUACCAGUUGCCAACAGUUGAAGAGAUAACGAGCCAACUGGCAAAGGCCAAAUACUUCACUGUGCUGGACGCAAGCUCAGGAUUUUGGCAACUUAAAUUGGAUGAAGCCAGCUCUCGUCUCUGUACAUUCAACACACCUUUUGGUCGUUACAGAUUCCUUCGCCUGCCUUUUGGAAUUAAUUCAGCUCCAGAAGUAUUCCACAGGACGGUGAGGCAGCUGUUUGAGGGGAUUGAUGGCGUCGAGACAUACAUAGACGACCUUUUGAUCUGGGGAGAGACUAAAGUACAGCAUGAUGACAGACUGAGGCAAGUGCUUGAGAGAGCAAGAGCAAAAAAUUUCAAGCUGAACAAGGACAAAUGCAAGGUAGGCCUGGAGGAAAUUAAAUACCUUGGCCACAUCUUCUCGGCAGAUGGUUUGAAACCAGAUCAGAGCAAGAUAGAGGCAGUAAAGAAAAUGCCUACACCAGAGUGCAAAAAAGAUGUGGAGCGAUUUCUGGGUAUGGUGACAUACCUAGCAAAGUUCAUUCCAAACAUGUCACAACACACAGAGCCAUUACGUGGCCUUACCAGAGAUGAUGUUGCAUGGCAGUGGGAAGGUGAGCACCAGCACGCGUUCAACAAAUUGAAAACAUUUCUGACUGAAGCUCCUGUGCUCAGAUACUAUGAUGUACAGCUUCCAGUCACACUAUCUGUCGAUGCUUCGAAAAGUGGACUCGGUGCUGUCUUACUGCAAGAGGGCAAGCCAGUUGCUUAUGCAUCACGCUCAUUAACAGAGACUGAACAGCGUUAUGCACAAAUAGAAAAGGAGAUGUUGGCGAUUGUGUUUGGUGCAGAGCGUUUCCAUCAGUAUGUGUAUGGAAGAGAAGUGAACGUGGAGUCAGAUCACAAACCACUAGAAGUGAUAAUGAAAAAGCCGUUGAGCAGUGCUCCAGCAAGAAUACAGAGACUCCUAAUGAGACUGCAGAAAUAUCAGGUACAAGUACAGUACAAGCCAGGAAGUGAAAUGUACAUCGCGGACACAUUAUCCAGAGCAUAUUUGCCAGUGACCAGCUCAUCUGAUAAUGACAUAGAAGACCAGGUGCACAUGGUAAUUUCCAACUUGCCUGUGACAAGUGCAAAACUAGAGGAAUUCAGAAAGGAAACAAGGAAUGAUGUGACACUGAUGAAACUUACAGAGACAGUUCUGGAUGGAUGGCCAGAAGCAAGAAACCAGGCUGCAACAGAAAUCCAAGCGUAUUGGAAUUACAGGGAACAAAUUUCAGUAGUGGAUGGAGUUCUGUUCAAAGGAGAGCAGCUUAUCGUUCCUGCAGCACUGAGAGCAGAAAUGCUAAAGCGCAUUCACGAGGGUCACUUGGGUAUUGAAAGCUGCAGACGCAGAGCGAGAGAAGUACUCUUUUGGCCUGGAAUGUCACAGAGUAUCACAGAGAUGGUGAACUGCUGUGAUGUGUGCAGUACUUACCAGAAACGACAGAACAAAGAGCCACUACAUCCACAUAGUGUUCCAGAAAGACCCUGGCAGAAGAUAGGUGUGGACCUAUUUACCUUUGACCAGCAGGAAUAUCUCCUCUUAGUGGAUUACUAUUCCAAGUUCAUUGAGGUUGAGUGGCUGAAGUCAGACACGAGAAGUGCAACAGUUAUCACUCAUCUUAAGUCACAAUUUGCCAGACACGGAAUUCCUGAAACAGUGAUUUCAGACAACGGACCACAGUUCAGCUCCCAUGAAUUCCAAGACUUUGCAAAAGAGUGGGAGUUUUGUCACAACACUACGAGCCCCCACCAUGCACAGUCAAACGGAAUGGCAGAGAGAGGAGUACAAACAGUGAAACUCUUGUUAAAAAAGGCAAAAGCCGAGGGGAAUGACCCGUAUCGAUCAUUAAUGAAUCUGAGGAGUACACCGUUGGAGGACAUUGGAGCGUCACCAGCCCAGCUGCUAAUGGGUCGGCGCAUAAGGACAAGACUUCCAACGACAUCACAAAGAUUGCAACCCCAAAUGGUCACUAAGACGGUGCAGCAGUUGUUAGAAACAAGACAACAGAAACAGAGAGAAUACUUUAACCAAGGCACCAAAGCACUUCAGCAACUGCAGGUUGGUGACACUGUCAGAAUGUGGCAACAGGGUGUAUGGAAUCCAGCCAAGGUGACAGGUUUAUCUGAACAUCCAAGAUCUUAUGUCGUUCAGAUGCCUGAUGGACAGACAUAUAGAAGGAACAGAAAGUUUCUAAGGCAGUCAAGGGACAAUCAAAACGUGACACAGCAAAAUGAGUGUGAUAAAAUACAGGGACAAAGCGAGAUGGACAUGCAAAGUAAAAAUGUCACUCCCACAGAGUUUCCAAGUUCCCCACCCAAAACAGCGAGUGGACGUAUUGUUUCCAAGCCCAGAAGGCUUAUUGAGGAAUAAAAUGAACAUUAUGGUUUGAGUAUAUGCUUUGACAAAAAAAAAAAAAAA